UUGCAGUCUUAGCUAGGGUGUGAGAUUGGUACCUUCACACCAUGGGGCUUCCACUCAAGGUUGUCAUUUUUGGACUCUCAAUAGUCAUAGGUGCCAGUUCUUUUAGCGGAUAUAAUGGUGAUAUUGGAAGUGGGUCUGGUGGGAGUGGUUUUGAGAGUGGAUCUGGUGAGAAUGAUGACAAUCCCACUGAGCCACCUACAAUCCCACCUGAUGACAGGCCUGAUGUGCCAUCAGAUGUGGAUGAAUGCAGUGUAUUUGGAACUGGAUCCAUUAAAACAUUCAACAGCACCCUUCACUACUUGCAAUCAACCUGCACCUUUGUCUUAAGCCGUUCUGACUCUGCUGCAAGCAAUGCUGAAUUUGAUAUUAUAAUCAAGCGAGACAUGAGUGGCGCAUUUACUAAAAUUCAAGUUACUAUAGACAAAACUGAGACAGUUAUUGAAAAUGGCAACAUAUUUGUGGAUGGGGAAAGUGUUUCACUUCCUUAUGACCACAAAUCCAUCCAUGUCAACAAUUUUGGAAUUUAUAAAAGAAUUGAGAGCAGAAGAGGAUUUUUGUCAGUGUUUUGGGAUACUAGCGACAAUAAAGUACAUACAGUCUGGGUGCAACUUCGUAAAGACUACCGUGGAAAAACAGUUGGACUUUGUGGAAAAUACGGUGUUGAUGACAGUGACCUACAGCAGCUAACAGAGGACAACAAAAUUUCUACAUAUGAAAGCUGUGAAACUGAAACUUCUGAAUCUAACUGUGAAGAAACCACUAUGAUGUGCCAGAAUGAUAUUUCAUACUACUUUUUCUCCUGUCUGCCUAAUGACUUAAUCUGGCCAUACAUGGAACUCUGUGGAAAAGACACAUGUAACUGUGCAAAUCCAGCUAAGUGUGCGUGUGCCAUUUAUGAGGAGAUAGUCAGGCAGUGUCCAAGUGAUGGUAUUGCAGAACUUUCACCAACAUGGAGAGAUUCUCAGCAUUGUGAUGAACCUUCCUGCCCUGGUAACAUGAUAUACAGUGAGGCUGGCCCAGCCGUCCCCAAGACAUGCUCCAAUCCAACAUUUUCUGAUGACUCACAGAUAAGCACUUGUCAAUGUCCAUAUGGCACAGUCCUCGAUGAUCUUAGUGGAAAAAAUAAAUGUGUGACGAAGAAACAGUGCCCGUGUGAAUUUGAUGGUAAAAUCUAUGAAUCUGGUGAAGUCCGUGAAUCACUUUGUCAGUCAUGCGUUUGUAAGAGUGGUCAAUGGGACUGCGAAAAUAAAGACUGCACGUCUCGAUGCACGAUUGAAGGCGGGUCAGCUAUUAAAACAUUUGAUGGCAAAACCUACUCAAUAUACAGAAACUGCAAGUAUAUCACAGCAGUGGGUGAAGAUUGGGUUGUCUCAAUUACUUUGAGAAAAUGUAAGAAUGGAAUAUGCUUGACCCAGGUGGAACUGUCCCUACAAUCAGAAAUCUUCACCUUCUCCAAUGAAACAGUGUCUGUUGGCUCAACCGUCAUCACUGAUAGCUACAAAUCAGACUCAGUGGUCAUUUUCUGGCAACUGUCAACAUAUGUUCAAGUACAGACAUCAUUUGGUCUGAAGUUGCAGGUUCAAAUGGCUCCCAACAUGCAACUUUAUAUAACAUUGCCAGUGGAAGCAAAGGGCUCUACAAAAGGUCUGUGUGGCAACUACAACGAUAAAAUUACAGAUGAAUUCAUUUCAAGCACUGGAAUUUUAGAACAUUCAGCAGAUAAUUUUGCAGAAUCCUGGGCAACAGGGUCAUGUGAAGUAAUACCACCUCCUAUUUGCAUUAGAUCAGAGUAUGAACAAUAUGGGAAAGAGAAGUGUGCUCAAAUCAGGGAUCCAAAUGGAGUUUUUGCACCAUGUCACUCACUUGUGGAAUAUGAAAGUUACGUCAAGCAAUGUGAAAUCAACACUUGCCUCUGUGAACGAGCUCAGACCUGCCUGUGUGAUGCACUAGGAAACUAUGCAAAAGCUUGUGCAGCUCAUGGUUUAACAGUGACAGGAUGGAGAGGGGAUGACUGUGUUGAAGAAUGCCCAGCAACUCAACACUUCCUACACAACGCAUUUGCCUGCAACCGUACAUGCAGGUCAUUAGCAGGAAAUGAUUAUGCCUGUGAUGUGGAAGAUGUUCCUGUUGAUGGCUGUGGCUGUCUAGAAGGACAGUACAUGAAUCAAAAUGGAUUGUGCAUUUCAAAAGAAGAAUGCCCAUGCUACUAUGAGCAAGGCAUGGUUCAUCCAGGAUCAACAGAGAUUGAAGGACAGAACUGCAACUGCACAGAUGGUGUACUUCAUUGUGAAACACCAGAACCAUGCGGUAAAAAUGAGAUAUAUGUAACAUGUUUCAAUCCAUCAACAAUAUUAACUGUCAAAACAUGUUCCAGCCUUUCUCUACCCAUGGUUGGACGUACUCAAUGUGAGAGCGGUUGCUAUUGUCAAGAAGGUUUCUAUAAAGAUCACAAUGGUGUAUGUGUUUCAGUUGAUGAUUGCGCCUGCAUGUUUGAGGACAAAAUCUAUAAUGCUGGUGAAAGUGUUAACAUUGACUGCAAUAAAUGCACUUGUAGUAAAGGAAUGUGGGAGUGUACACAGAAAGACUGCCCAGGAAAAUGUCAAGUGUAUGGAGAUGGCCACUAUCAGACCUUUGAUUUAAAAUGGUACAGCUAUGAUGGGAACUGCGAAUAUUCUCUUGUAGAGGAUUACUGUGGUAAAGACACUGGCAAUUUCCGUAUUACUGUUGAAAGUGUUCCAUGCUGUGAGGAGGCAUUGACAUGUUCAAGGGCAGUGACCAUUGAGCUCCAAGACACAGAAAUAGAGCUUAGUGACUCAAAACUGACAGAGAAGAGAAUUGGAUCUUGCCGUGACAAUAUGAUCGAAUAUUCGGCUCAUACUGUGGGUCUCUAUAUCAUUAUUACUACCUCCAGUGGAAUAACAUUGAUCUGGGAUAAGCACACAAGAUUAACUGUUAUACUAGAUCCCAGAUGGAAAGGUCAAGUUUGUGGGCUCUGUGGAAACUUUGAUUCAGAUCCUACGAAUGACUUUAAGACAAGAGGAAAAUCUCUGGUGACAAAUGUAGUUGAAUUUGGAAACAGCUGGAAAUUUGACCCUAGCUGUGGCAACAUUGUAAACCAGUCCUUCCCCUGUGAGAAACACUGGUACUGUUCAGCAUGGGCACAGAGGAGGUGCAGCAUCAUUAAAGAUUCAGUCUUUCAACCAUGUCACAACAAGGUGGAUCCUCAGCCUUACUAUGAUGUGUGUGUACAAGAGUCUUGCGUCUGUGAAAUGGAAGGAAGAUUUCUAGGUUUUUGCACUGCUGUUGCUGCAUAUGCUGAAGCUUGCAAUGAAGCAGAAGUCUGUAUUAAAUGGAGAACUCCAGAUCUGUGUCCUGUUUUUUGUGACUAUUACAACGAACCUGGGGCAUGCAGCUGGCACUAUGAACCUUGUGGUACCCCAGCUAUUAAGACCUGCAGUAACAAUGAAGUGGGCAAGAAAUAUGCUGCCAAACUUGAAGGGUGCUAUGCAAAGUGUCCAGAUAAUACACCAUAUCUGGAUGAGAACACAAUGACCUGUUCUACUUUGGAUAAUUGUACUUGUUUCCAUAAUGGAAUAAUUCACCCAGGAGAAACCAUAACAAAUGAAUGCAAUCAAACUUGCACAUGUACAAAUGGAGUGUUGUCAUGUACAGGCCCACCACCAACGUCAACACCGACACAACCACCCACAGAGCCAGAGCCAACACCGACACAACCCAAAACACCACAACCACCCACAGAGCCAGAGCCAACACCGACACAACCCAAAACAUCACAACCACCCACAGAGCCAGAGCCAACACCGACACAACCCAAAACACAACCACCCACAGAGCCAGAGCCAACACCGACACAACCCAAAACACCCACAACCAGAGCCACAGACACAACCCAAAACACAACCACCCACAGAGCCAGAGCCAACACCGACACAACCCAAAACACAACCACCCACAGAGCCAGAGCCAACACCGACACAACCUACACAACCACCCACAGAGCCAGAGCCAACACCGACACAACCUAAAACACAACCACCCACAGAGCCAGAGCCAACACCGACACAACCCAAAACACAACCACCCACAGAGCCAGAGCCAACACCGACACAACCCAAAA